AUGGCCCCUUCUACUCCCACACCCAGCCCUUUCGCCGCCAUGAGGAACUUUGGUGGUAUGGUGUCAUCUGCUCUUUCUUUCGGCGACAGAUCUCGCCAAGUCUCCUCCCUCGGCCUCGGCACUCUCUCUCUGGGGGAGCCGUCUGGAGCUGCCUCGCCCCCUCGCUCCGCCUCUCCCUCCGCUGGUUCUCCCUCCCCCGUGUCUGGUUCUCCCGUCCCCGUAACGGGUUCUCCUGGAGGGCCCCCUCCUGCCGCCACUCCUCGCCGUAGGACGCCCGCCUUUUGUCCUGGUGAGUCUCCGUCCUCCUCCGACCAGGACUCGCUCAGUGGGGGCUCGGAGUCGAGUGAUCGACCCGACACCGAAGAAAGUGAGGAUGAUGAUGAUCGGGAGGGUAGGAUCGAUAGUGAGGGUGAAAGCGAGUUAGAAGAAUACCCGGAUGAUGAUGUGGAGGUGAUUAGUGUAGAGGACAACAACGUAGAUAGUCCUGAGCCCGUUCCUGCCCCUCCCCCUGCUCAAAUUGUGGGCCAGAAACGACGCCGUUCCCUCUCCUCUUCUUCUUCUUCCUCUUCUUCUUCCUCUUCCGGGGUUCUCCCCCCCGCCAACGCCAUCGCCGCUGCCGCCGCUGCUGCCGCCGCCCGCCCUGCCGCCGCCAUCGCCCGCUCUGCUGCCGCCGCCGCUCCCCCCCCUUCUCCCAGAGGGGAGCCUUCGCCCAAACGGGUGAAGAGAUCACUGCGGGAAGAAGAGUACUUGUGGGAGAAGAUGAAGUCCGAGCCUGGUCGUUGGAUCGCGGUUGGUGUUGACGAAGCGUGUGAUCGUUGCCGACGUGAGAUUAUCACGUAUAAUCGUCCAAACUGGCCCUGCCUCAAGGCAGUCAGGCCACACAACAAGGCUCUCCGUUGUGCUUCAUGCACGUCUGGCCCCUGCUCCUUCUGUCCCGUUUCCUCUGCCCGGGACAUCCCGCCCCGUCCCUUCGACGCUUCUCCUCUCCCCCCUCCCCAGACUCCAGCGUCUGUCCCCCGUUCGCGGGUACCGUCUUCGUCUCUCCGGUCGGUUUGCCGAACUUCGCCGUCCUCCCGCUCGUCACCUCCCUCGCCCUCGCCCUUUGUUCCUGUGGCCGGCCCGUCGCGUCUCCUGGCUGCUCCUCCUUCGUCCUCCCGUCGUCCUUCGACCUCUCGGCCCUCGGCCUCUCGUCCUUCGGCCCCUCGUCCGUCCUCUCCUGUGGUGGCUUCUCCUCCGGCCCACGGCACCCGAAGUCGCCGUCCUUCUGCUCCUCCGGCCACCCCAGCGGCCGCCCCUGUCACCGAGUCCCCCGCUUCUAAGAAGACCCCGAAGUCUUCUUUAAAGAAAUCAAAAGGGAAAAGGAAGGAGAAAGAGGUCGUCUUUGAAGCUGGUGAUGUGGAAGAUGAAGCUACUCAGCGUGCUGGGCCCUCUGUUCCUCGGUUGUCCUUCGUCCACCCUCGCAUCUCCCUGGACCCUCGUAUCCCGGAGGACGAGAAAGAAUUUGCUACGUAUCGUUCUCUCGUUCUCGGCCUCACCACUCAGCUUGACGUCGCUCGACGUGAUACAUCUCUCUUGCUUGACUUCUCCACUCGUCAAGCCAACGCCUUGAAUAACCUUACUGCGGGGUUAGUAAAUGUAGUCAACGGUGGGAAUCUGAACGAGGAAGCAAGGACGAGGUUAGCGGACGUCUCUCGCCGAAGCCUUACUGAGAUAGCCAAUGUUCGCCGAAGACUUUACGACACCCCCUUCCUCGUUACUCCUAUGGCGUACGAGCCACCACCGUCCAUCGGCUGGUUAGGCCCCCGGAGUAGUUCUCGAGUUCCUGCUUCUGCUCAGACUGCUCUCGAUCUCCUCAGUCUUCCUUCCGAGUGUCUUAGGACCAUACGUUCUCUGUGGAGGACUCCGAGCAUGCAAGCUGCUCGGGAUGUCCAGGACUUUGGUGAUUUCUUUGGGGCUAUGAAUCGGGCAUGGAACGCUUCUCUCUCGACUGUCUUCCCCCCUGACAGUCUCGAUCUACCUUCGGCCAUCGGUACUCUCCACACCAGUCUCGCGGGACCGAGUAGAGCGAAGGAGAAAGGAAAAGGAAAGGGUAAGGAUACGGGCAAGCCUAUUAAUCGGCGGUUAACACUACCGCCGAUCGCUGGUUAA